CCAUAUAAGAAGUACACUGAUUGGAAAAAUAUUCUACCCAACUGUCUGCGGUAAUAUUAUUUUCAAUGUUAUAAUUAAAAUUAGCUGUUCCCUUUGAUACAAGUAGCCAGAAGGUUUUACUAUCUUUAGCAAUGAUUGCCAGCCUCAGUUUAUCCCAUUGCUGAUUUAUAAUAUUCUUUUUUCUUAUUCUGGAGAAGUAGUUUAUAUGCGUUCCAUAACUUUCAAAUCUCACUCCAAAACAUUGUUCCAGUGUACCCAGUUUUCCUUAAUUCCCUGACUUUUUCCUAUUUAAUGGUCUUUUCUGUUCUACACAUUUUUUAUCAAACCAGGAAGCACCUCAUUCCUUAAAUGUCUGUAUAGGAUGGGAGGUUGGAGGUACUGAGAGGAGUGAAUGUAGAAGAUCUUUAAUUUUCUGGCAGUGCUUUAAAGUCUUCUCUGGUUAAGAGAGAGAAUAAUUUGGCAUAGGAACUUGCCCGGUAUCUUCUGCCGUAAAAACUAAUGCAAAUAAUUUGUUUAGCUUCUCUGCUAGGGCCUUAUCAUCCCUGAGUGCACCUUUUAUACCUUGGUCAUCCAACAGUUCCACUGAUCCCCUAGCUCACUUCCUGCUUGUGAAAUAUUUUUAAAAGUUUUUUAUUAUUAACUUUAGUAUCUUUUGCUAGACACUCCUUACAUUCUUUUCUGGCCUGCAUUCUUUUCCACUUGAUCUGCCAGAGUUGGUGAGCUUUCCUAUUUUCCUCAUUUAGGCACACCUUCCAUUUUUUGAAGGAUGCUUUUUCCCUUGAAUGGCCUCUGCUAUUAAAUGAUGUGAGGGUUUUAUUGGUCCGCUUGAUACCCCUUUUUUGGUUUGUGGUGUAUACUUUUCCUGAGCCUCCAAUAUGGUAUUUUUAAACAGCUUCCAAGCUGCCUUUUAACAUUUUUGACUGCUCCUUUAAACGUUUUUCUAACUUCCUCAUUCUUGUUUAAUUUCCUAAAGUUGUAUAUUGCCAUAACAGACUUUUCUAGCUUACUCCCUCCUGCUCAAAUAUUGAAUGGGAUUAUGUUAUGGUCGCUAUUACAGAGUGACUCACCAACAGGUAUCUCUUGAAUUGGCUUCUGUGUGUUACUCAGGGUCAGGUCUAGGACUGCUCCUCCUCUUGUGGGUUCCAAGAUGAGUUAUUCUAGAAAGCAGUCAUUUAUCACAUACAGAACUUUUAUUUUCAUAUCUCACCCUCAUGAGGUUUUUACCUGGUCUAUGUGUGGACAGUUGAAGUCUCCCAUUAUUAUUACCUGCCCUAUUUUAUCAGCUUCUCUAAACUUCCUGAGCAUUUCAUAAUCUGCUUCACCUUCCUGAUUAGGUGGUUGGUGGUACAAUCCUGAUACUAUAUAUAUUUUAUUCAAGUAUGGAAUUUCUAGCCACAGGGAUACUCUGGUAGUUUUCCUUUCAGCCCUUUCAGUUUUCUGCUGGUAGUCAUUUAUCCACAUGGCCUGCCUAUGCAUCUGGGCAAGCAAUCCUACAGCACAGUCAGCCCUGUUGUGAUCCUGAGAAGAGAAGCAGUGAACAGGCUUCUCUGACAAUUGCAAAACCACAAUACCUGGAGCAAAUGGAAUCCUAUUUAAGAGAAGAAUUACAGUCUCUGGACCUCACAAAAGAUAAUGCCCAGGAGCUGAAGCUUCAGGUUCCUAAAGGAAAAGUGCAUGGAAAAAGAAGACAUUUUUGGCCCUUAUUGGAAGAGAACAAACUUUGCAUCCCUUACAGAGAGAUCUUUGAGUUCUUCAUAGAGGCCUUCAAAACCUACAAACCUUUGCUGUCUGCGAUAAAGAAUGAGUAUGAAAUUACUUUGGAUGCCCAGAGAGAGAAGAUCCGUGCCCUGGAGCCCCUGAAAUCUAUGUUUGCAACUGUGUCAGAUAAAUGCACUCAGAAGAUUUCAGCAUUCAAGAAAGAGGAAAAUGCUAAAAUAAAGACAUUAAUGAAAGAGAAACUGUAUCUAUUAAAGCUCAUUGAUAAAAUGAAAGAAGAGAAAGCUUCCCUUCAGGCUCAGGUGAAUAAGCUGCAGAAGAAUGUGUCUGAGGAGUAUCUGCACUACCGUAAUGAGUGUGAUGCCCGCAAGUUGCUUCUAGCAGACCUGAACGAAAUGCGCAGUCAACAGUUGGAGAUGACGCUCCACCAAACUCAAGAUGUAAAGAGUGAAGACAUAGUGAAGUUAACGCUGGCAUUAAAGAUAGCUCGGCGGGACCUCACGAAAGCCCAGGUGGAACUGAACACCAUGAAAGCAGACUAUGGAGAUGUUGUACCUCGGAGAGAUUUUGAAUCACAGGAGAAAAAAUAUUCUGACUUGUGUCAACAGACAGUGACCCUGCAGAAGGACUUUGAUCAGCUGCAGAAGGAAUAUGACACUCUGCUGGAAGUCCAUGGAGAGACUGUAGAAGAGCGAAACCGGUUCUACAAUGAACUCCAGCAAGUUUUGCGCAGCUCAACACCCCGGCCUGACUGGGCAAAGUGUGCAGGAGUUGUUCCUGGUGGUGUGGACCGGUGGAGAUUUCUGGCAGAGGGGAAGACCAGUAACCAGCUGGUGGACUUGCUUCUGGAGGAAAUGGGAGCAGCAGUUCUGAGAGAGAAGGACAUCUUCCCUGGGCUGGGCAAGGGUGACAAGGUUCCUGUGUACCUGAGGUAUGAAGGUCAGGUCAAGAACAGGAAGCUCAACAAAAAGACUGUAGUGAACAUCUUGAAGGACCUGUGGAAAGAGAGAAUCUCAGCACACCAGCAGAUAGGGGGGCAAUCCAGCCUUCCUGAGUUCUUCCUUAGCUACCUCCAAAAGAGGUAUGGAGAUGCCUCUGCCUUCGAGAUGGCUUACAGCAUCUAUGAAAGUAUUAAGCUGUAUCGAUCAAAUCAUAUCAUGAGUUUGUCCUAUGAAAUACUGACUGGAAAGGUGGAUGAAGGCGUGUACCAUGGCCUGAACCAGAUGCUAUCCAACUUGCUAAAGGAGCUGACUGCAAUAGACAGCUCAAACAGCGGAGCUCUUACCAGUAAACAGUUCAAUCUGGCACUGAGGGCAGCUUUUCCACUGAAAAGUAAUGAGCACAUCCAAGAACUAAUAGAAGCCAGCAAGUGCAAGGCAGAGAGCACUGAGGACCUCAUAUUCUACACAGCUUUAUUCAAUGAGGAUGCAGAGGGGAACACUGAGCCCUUUGUUGUGAAGGUCUGGAACCAGUACGUUACCGAGAAGCAGGACUAUCUGAGAGAGCUACAGAAUGAGCUGGCACAUGUCAUAGAGGUGAAAGUGGAUGAUCUGAAGACAGCCUUGUAUGCAAUUGAUCCCACUAUUGACAACCUGACAAUGGACAACUACAUCUACCUGGCUUACCAGGUCCCAAAAGAAGAGUUGGAGCAGGCUGUCCCUCUGCCUGUGGAGACAAUAAUUGAGAAACUGCUGGCUGGAGACAUAAGGCGAGCAGGCCCCUUACCUGAGGAGGCAAGCAGACCAACACCAGAAGAGGGAGAACCAAGAGACCAUGAUUAUUAUUAAACAGAUCUUCACCCUCCCCACAUUCAGCUAAGCGCUUUGGUAUGUAACAUUACAAAAGUUACAGCUCUGGGCUACUGCACUGUAAGGUUGUUUCUGUGCCCAAAUGGGUCCAGCUGAUAGUUACAGCAAAGAAAUCUAGACUGAUUUGGGUAUUUGGCAAUACAGGCAGCUCAGGCAGAUAAGAUACCUGUAUUAAUAGUUUAAUUUCAGCUCCCUACUAAAGCAAGGUUCACCUGAUGUCCAGUCUGGAGCCCUGGCAGGGGCAGCCCAUCCUUCCACUGCAGGUUGAAAGGCAAGGGGCCAAGUGGUGAGCUGGGACCUCUAGUUAAACACUCCACUAAUAGCCUAAGUGCAGCAACUGCUAAAGCCUACAAGCCUCCUUAAGUCCCCUCUCCUGGUUUUUUUUUUGUUAGAGGAGUCAGGCAAGAUUCUAUAAGAAAUUUCAAAGGAAAGGCUGUCUGCAAGGGAAAGUUUUAUAAUAACAAACCACUAGAAUAACUUUGGUGAAUCUUUCCCUGAGAACUUUCUUCUCCCACUAUAAGCAGGCCUUGUCCAGUAUAGUCAGUCAUGUUGAAAGCACUCUAGGUGAAGCCAGGGGGAGGGAAAAAAAAGAGAGA